GCGAUAUUUCUGUCAGCUGACAUGACUGUAGUUCUCGUGUCAGGGAGGAACGCAGCGACAGAGUACGAUUUCCUGAAAAAUAUGAUACCUGCUAAACAACACACAAACAGCGAAAGUGUUACUUGGUGGACAGUUCGAUGAUAACCUAAAGAAAAAAUGGAGCACAUCAUAACGCCAAAGGUGGAAAAUGUGAAACUACUGGACAGGUACACAGACAAGAAGUCCACUCAGGGAACUCUGUACCUGACCCCUACUCACUUUAUCUACGUGGAGCAAACCAACAACACGCGUAAAGAAACAUGGGUGCUACAUCAUCACAUCGCGUCUGUGGAGAAGUUGCCAUUAAGUGCGUCUGGCUGUCCGCUCCUGAUCCACUGCAAAACCUUUCAGCUGCUCCACCUGGUUUUCCAAAGAGAGAAAGAUUGUCAGGACGUCUACCAGUCACUACUGCGCCUGUCUCAACCAGUCAAAGAGGAGGAGCUGUAUGCAUUUCUCUAUAACCCGAGCCAAAAUGAGGACGACAGAAAGCAGGGUUGGGAACUUAUUGAUGUUUCAAACGACUUCAGGAGGAUGAGCCUCCCCAAUGAUCUCUGGGAAAUCAGCCUUCUUAACGAGACCUUUGAGAUCUGUAGCACUUAUCCGCCUGUCCUAGGACUACCCAAAAAUGUCAGUGUUCCCACAGUAACUGGCAGCGCCAAGUUUAGGAGCCGAGGCCGACUGCCUGCUCUGUCUUACUAUUACAAAGACACAAAGGCUGCGAUCUGUCGCUGCAGUCAGCCUUUGUCUGGUCUGAACUCUCGCUGCAUGGAAGACGAGCAGAUGCUUCAGGCCAUCUGCCAGGCAAACCCCAACUGCCCUUUUAUAUACGUAGUUGACACAAGGCCUAAGUUGAACGCAAUGGCAAACCGCGCGGCAGGAAAAGGCUACGAGAAUGAGGACAACUAUUCCAAUAUCAGAUUCCACUUCCAAGGGAUUGAAAACAUCCAUGUCAUGAGAAACAGCUUGCAAAAACUGCUGGAGGUGUGCUCUAUGAAGUCCCCAUCCAUGAGUGACUAUCUGACAGGACUGGAGAACUCCGGCUGGCUGAGGCACAUCAAAUCUGUUAUGGAUGCCGGAGUGUUCCUCGCCAAGGCUGUCUGUGACGAGAAAGCAAGUGUGUUAGUACAUUGCUCAGAUGGUUGGGAUAGAACGGCCCAGGUUUGCUCUUUGGCUUGCAUACUGCUGGACCCAUACUACAGAACCCUAAAAGGGCUCAUGGUUCUGAUAGAAAAAGAGUGGAUCUCUUUUGGUCAUAAAUUCAAUCACAGGUGUGGCCAUUUGGAUAGCGACCCGAAGGAAGUGUCUCCUGUGUUGACCCAGUUCCUAGAGUGCGUAUGGCAGCUGUCAGAGCAGUUUCCCUGUGCGUUUGAGUUCAAUGAAUCCUAUCUCAUAGAAAUCCACAACCAGGUCUAUGCCUGCCAGUAUGGAAACUUCAUCGGCAACUGUCAGAGAGAGCGACAGGAAAUGAGGUUGAAAGAGAAGACGUUUUCCUUGUGGCCUCAUCUUCUGAAAAACUACGAACAGUAUCGGAACCCCUUGUAUCGACGUUCAUUAAAGAACACAGUGCUCAGACCCAGCACAUUACCCCUUCACUUCAAGUUCUGGUGUGGGAUGUAUAACCACUAUGACAAAGGCAUGCACCCAAAACAGUCUGUUCUAGGCCAGCUGCUGUCUCUUUUGCAGAAGCAGGUAGAUGGAGAGAAAACCAUGACUGACCUACAGAGGCAGCUGGCUGUUGCAGACGGAGUUCUCCCUGACCCAUCUGGACCAAUCAGCACACCUGUAAAACGGGACAGUCAAAGCGAGAAGACGCCUACUGCUACUGUCAACCAAUCGAACGGAAACCACAGCCCUUUCAUUAACGGUGCUGCGGAGGAGGCCAGGCCGGACUCUAAACAGUGCAAUGGGGAAGAAGGGGCGGAGCCAGCUGCCACCCAACACGCUCUGACCUCCUUAAAGGAAAACCCUGUUUCUGUGGAAACAGAGCAUUCCAAUGAGGAGGUUCAAGAAUCCUCUUGAGUCUCCAUAGUAACAGGAGAGACAUUUCGACUGAAACCCCAAAGAACAAAUGUCAAGUGUGUAAGAUAUGUAUAGUGCCACAGAAAUCUCGACAUGUUGUGCUAAUACAACAACACAUUCACACAG